AUGGGUCAAAUGCAGAAAUUGAACUGGAAGCUGAAUAUCAUGAGUGUGGCAAUCAUUUCCAAGAACAUAUUUGGAAGAUUGCUAGUUACUGCAAUCAUAAUGCAGCUCUCAAGUGGCCAAUACUUUAAGCAAGCAAAGUCACCAGUUCUUCCAGACAACCCAUUUAUUGUUGUUUGGAAUGCACCAACUGAAUCGUGCAAGCUUCGAUAUGAUGUAGAUCUGGACCUCAGUGUUUUUGAUAUAUCUUCGAACGCUAAUGAUACGCUCAGUGGGUCUGUCAUCACCAUAUUUUACCACAAUUAUCUGGGCAAAUACCCUUAUUACAAACAAGAAAAUGUUCCAGUGAAUGGAGGGAUCCCCCAGAAUAGUGACCUUCAAGAACACUUGAACAAAACCAAGUCGGACAUUGAGAAAUCUAUUCCGUUUAAUGACUUCAGUGGUCUUGGGGUGAUUGAUUGGGAAGAAUGGAGACCUUUAUGGAUCCGAAACUGGGGAAACAAAAAUGUCUAUCGGCAAAAAUCCAUGGAACUUGUGAAAAAGCUUCAUCCCAGCUGGACGGACAAUGAAGUCAAAUUAGAAGCUCAGAAAGAAUAUGAAACAGCUGCAUUAGACAUAAUGAAUGACACACUGGAAUUGGUAGAGAAACUGAGACCUCAUGGACUCUGGGGGUUUUACCUCUUCCCAGAUUGCUAUAACCAUCACUAUAAGGACAAGACAAAGAAGUAUGAUGGGAAAUGCCCUCCAAUUGAAUACAAACGCAAUGAUAAAUUACUCUGGUUAUGGAAAGAAAGUGGAGCUCUCUACCCUUCUAUUUAUCUUGGACUUGAUUUGAAAUCAAGCCCAAAAGCACAGUUAUUUGUCCAUUACAGAUUGAAAGAAGCAAUCAGGUUAGCCUCCAUAGCCCAUAAAGACUAUGCUCUCCCAGUCUUUGCAUAUGGACGACCAUAUUAUACUUACGAAUUUAUACCUCUCACUGAGAUUGACCUGGUCCAUACAAUUGGUGAAAGUGCUGCAAUGGGGACCUCUGGGGUUAUUCUUUGGGGAGGCAUUGAUUAUGCAAGAUCAAAGAAUCACUGUCUAGCAGUGAAGGAGUACAUUAAUGGCCUUUUGGGGCACUAUAUUGUUAAUGUGACAUCUGCCACAAAGUUGUGCAGCAAACAUCUAUGCAAGACACAUGGAAGGUGCGUGAGAAAGAACAUAGACUCCAAAACCUAUCUACACCUGGACCCCCGGAGCUUCAGCAUCAGAGCCAAUUCAAAAGGAGUCCAUCCACCAUUUUCUGUGAAAGGAAAGAUGAAUCGAAGAGUCCUCAAGAACAUGAAUGAAAUGUUCAUGUGCCAAUGUUAUGAAGGUUGGGUUGGCAUCGCCUGUGAAAUACCAGUUGUUGACAUUUCUCCAGUGAAAAAGAAUGUCCCAGAGGCAAAGGCUGAAAGAGGUUCGGCUGCACAGUUACCAUUUUCAUUUGCCUGUGCUGUUGUUCUCCAACUGGUCAUUAAACUCAUUAAUUUCCAAAGCUAG